AUGGAAGCUAUCAUAUUUGGUAGCUAUUUUCUGGGUUGGACAAAAUCUGCCGAUCUACCACUCGGCGUAAUAGUAGAAGAAAUCGAAAUUCCAGUUCCAUGGGGUCACGUGGCUGGGCGAUGGUGGGGUCCAAGAGACAAACAGCCGAUGAUAGCCAUUCAUGGCUGGCAGGACAAUGCCGGUACUUGGGACAACCUCAUACCUCAAUUACCUACGAACCUCGCAGUACUAUGUAUCGAUCUACCGGGCCAUGGACUGUCGUCUAGCUACCCUACCGGUAUGAUCUAUUACAUCUUUUGGGAUGGAAUCAUUCUCUUACGAAGAAUAGUGAAACAUUUUGGGUGGAGUAAAAUAACUCUUAUGGGACAUUCGUUGGGUGGCGCUUUAAGUUUCAUGUAUGCCGCGUCAUUCCCUGACGAUGUCGAUAAAAUUAUCUGCAUCGAUAUAGCAAGUCCCGCUGUUCGGGCUCCAGAACAUAUGGUCAAACAUACCGCAAUAUUAAUCGAUAAAAAUUUGGAAUACGAAAAUUUGUCAGAGGACAAAAUUCCAUGCUACGAAUACGAAGAAAUGAUCGAUAUUGUCUGCGAAGCGUAUAAGGGAUCGGUCUCGAGGGAAAAUUGUAAAGUUUUAAUGAAAAGGGGGAUGGCUCCUACUCCAGCCCACAUGAAAAAGAAGGGCUAUUACUUCAAAAGGGAUCCAAGGCUAAAAGUAGCCGGCUUAGCGAUGAUGUCGAUCGAAACUGCCCUAGAAUACGCUAAGAAAGUAACAUGUAAAGUUCUAAAUAUAAGAGCUAUUCCUGGUCAGAAAUGGGAGAGAUUAGAUUAUUACUUAGACGUUGUCGAAAAAAUGAAGCAACGUGCUGAAGUCCAGUAUGUAGAAGUGGAAGGAACCCAUCACGUCCAGUUAAACGCACCUCAGAAUAUAGUCAGCAUCAUUGAGGACUUUUUAGAAUUGUAUUAGCUUAAUUGAGUCUUGAUUAAGACUGGUGAUAAAUAAUGUGAUGCAAGAGUAAAAUAAGGGCGUGCAAAGUAGAUAAAUUCUUUUCAUAGUUAGUGCCUUUGAGGUAAUUAUCGAAAUGCUUUUCAAAAGCUAUUCAAAAUACCAAUGAUCUUAAAUCUUAUAGAAAAGACGCAUGGCAACGCAACGCAAGCAAAAACGUAAAGUUAAGGUUUAGAGACGUGCUGACCGCAAACUGACUGUCAGUGUUAACAGCCGAAACAAAAAAACUUCUAGGAAGCGUAUCUGAUUACGCGUAGCAGUAGUCAUCAGUCGGACGUUAUUAAGUUUUUGAAUUUCACGGUCUCUUUGGCUUCUGCGGGAUUUACAGCGGUUAAUAUUUUGAAGCUCCUGAUACUUCGUCGUCAUUGCAGGCGCCAUGAGCGCGGGUGAUAGAGGAUCUGCGUUUAAUUUUUUGAUCAGCACGACACUAAAGCGUCGCGUGUCUAGUGCUACACGUGUAACUGUCAACGCCGACGUUCAGGGUGCGGACAGCACGACUUUAAAAUCAGCCUUUAAAGUGAGUCACCCUGAUAUCAGCGGAACUGAUAAUAUAUGAAAUCAUUGAACGUAGCCAUAAAAUUACGUUCGUUUUGACUAAAUUGUCAAUAAUGUUAAGGUGGUUUCUUAAGACCUGUUCAAUUAUAAGAUAUAAUAUGAUUGGUAUAUUUACAUUGACGGGUAAAAUAUUAAGGGUUUGUUUGCUUGGUUUAAGCAGCUUUUAUUUACGUAGAUAAGUAGAGAAAUGGCCUAGAAAUUUAUUUAUUUAUUCUAUUUUAUUUCUCAUAUACGCAGAUGAAACGCGUGAUUCUACUGUAAGCGAAAAAAUAAUAAUUUAUUAUUUUCUCAAUUUAUAUUUUAAAAUUUGACGUGAAUCAUUACAAAUUCUGUAUAUAUCUUACAGUUACGAAUAAUAAAUAUAUUGAAAAUAAAAUAAAAUAUACUAUGUAA